GUGACUACGGCCACUACUUCUACGUAUUGCAAGAGGGUGAGUGUGAAGUGUACGCCCACAAGUUUGAUGAGCCGGCUAUCCGUGUUGCUACACUCCACCGUGGGUCGAGCUUCGGUGAAUUGGCGCUCAUGUACACAGGUUACAGACGGGCAACGCUGGUGGCCACAGAAGACACC